AUGGCCACCAACCAAGAAAGAAAGCUCUCGAAAGAUGUUGUCAAGGCCAUUGGCGCCAUGCCUCUAUGGGCUUGGGACCCUUCCUAUGCAUCUCUUCACAGGAAGGCCCUUCCCGAAGCCAUUGACGAAGACGACGAAGAGCAAAGCUUUCGACAGUUUGUGGACAUGGGAAAGCGAGAACCCAAUGCCCGUGGAACAGGAAGAUGGCUAGUGACAAGAGAACGCAAUUCAAUUGCAAUUGUCUGCAUUGGAGACGUGGAGGAGGCAACGGUUCAGGGAGUCAAGUCCUAUCUUUCAGCAUUCUUCUAUGGUAGGAUGCAGGUGGAAUUGCAUUCAUCCUUCCCAAAUGUGCAUGUCCAAGAAGACGAUAAAUCAAUUUCGUCAAAGGAGAAAGGCACCAAGAAAGACAAGAAUGCAAAGCCAAAGGAUGACUCUACUCUAAUAAUGGGCUCGUAUGCAUACUCCGUUCAACAGGCAAACGUGGAUGGUGAGCUAUGCUUCGAAGUGUUUUCCCUCUUUGACAUGCUGGCAUAUGCCGUAGACGACGACGAAAAACAUAGUAACCCCUACUACUGCGUCAUUGCUCUGGUCAAUCAUGGCCUCUGCGAACAAGUGGACGACGAAUACCUGGCUGUUUUGGGUCGUGCUUGUGGCGAUCGUGUCUGUGUCGUCGACGCACGACAUGCCAGUGCUACAACAAAGAAGGGCACACACAUCAGCAAGAAUUCAGUAUCUGUGACCCAAACGGUUGCCAAACGAAACCUUCGGACACUACUAGCGACAACGGCUCAUGAAACCUUACACUGUUUCGGUUUGGAUCAUUGCAUCACUUGGCAAUGUCUCAUGAAUUCUCACCAAGUCGACGAACAUGAAUUCUUAUUUUUGUCCCCACUCAACUUGAAGAAACUAGUCUAUGCCAUGCUUCCUCCUUCGGAUCAAACAAAACAAGGAAAUGAUACGAUGCUGGUGAAUCGCUACGUCAUUCAGCGGUACAAUGCAUUGGGGGGUGUUUUAAAGAGUCUUGGCUUCUCCAAAGACGCUACUUGGGCCUAUCGCAAAGCAUCAUUGGUAGAAGAAGCUACAAAGGGUAGUGGUGGAGGAAGAAACGUGGCGCCCGUGUCUAGUAGAAAUAAUACUAGAGACCACCACGGAGGAGGCUCGCGGAAGAAGAAACAACAACGCAAGAUGUAUUGA